AUGUUAGGGUUUCCAUUGGAUUUAGACUUAUACAGGUUUCAGAUGAAAAAUGUGACUGAAGUCACCACAUUUAUACUGAUGGGCUUCACAGAUGAUUUUGAGAUGAACGUCUUCCUAUUUUUGCUAUUUUUAGCAAUCUAUCUUUUUACUCUGGCCGGAAAUUUGGGACUGGUUUCCUUAGUCAUUGGGGAUUCCCGGCUCCAUAACCCGAUGUACUACUUCCUGAGUGUGUUAUCAUUCCUGGAUGCCUGCUAUUCCUCAGUUGUCACUCCAAAAAUGUUGGUCAGUUUCCUAGCAGAGAAUAAAGCCAUUUCAUUCCUUGGAUGUGCAGCCCAGAUGCUUCUCUUUGUUACUUUUGGAACCACAGAGUCCUUUCUCUUGGCGGCAAUGGCAUAUGAUCGCUACGUAGCAAUCUACAACCCUCUCCUGUAUUCAGUGAGCAUGUCACCCAGAGUCUACGUCCCCCUUAUCAUUGCUUCCUAUGUUGGUGGCAUCCUGCACGCUUCUGUACACACCGUGGCCACAUUUAGCCUCUCCUUCUGUGCAUCCAAUGAGAUCAGACAUGUCUUCUGUGACAUCCCUCCUCUCCUCGCUCUUUCUUGCUCAGACACUCACACAAACCAGCUUCUACUCUUCUACUUUGUGGGCGCCAUUGAGAUGGUUACUAUCCUGAUUGUGUUGAUCUCCUAUGGAUUCAUUCUGUUGGCCAUUCUGAGGAUUCAUUCCACUGAUGGGAGGAGAAAAGUAUUUUCUACGUGUGGCUCUCACCUAACCGGAGUGUCAAUUUAUCAUGGAACGAUCCUCUUCAUGUAUGUGAGACCAAGUUCCAGCUAUGCGUUGGACCAUGAUAUGAUAGUAUCAGUAUUUUACACCAUUGUGAUUCCCAUGCUUAAUCCCAUAAUCUAUAGUUUAAGGAACAAAGAUGUGAAAGAGGCUAUGAAAAAAUUAUUGGGAAGAAACUGGUUAUAA